AUUAACGUCGGACUCUCCUAGUGUUUUGCUGUUGCUAUAGCAACACGGUUUCGCCGACUUACUGAGCGGAGUUCUGGAUUUGCGUGCUUUUAAAACUCAAAAUGGAGAACGUCUUCAUAGGUGCAGGAGGAGGAGGACUGUGGAAUAAUCCCAGACACCCACGGUACAACAAGGAGGCCGAGGAAUUGAAGAGCUUGAGGAAAGAAGAGGCGGACCUUAUAAACAUCAAGAGAAAAGAGAGCAUCAGAUCAGCAACGUCUUUGCCGACUUCUGCUUCAGAAAAAUCUACUGCAAGUAAAUCUGACUAUCAGUGCAAGCCUAGAAGGACUGUGAAACGCAAUGCUGAAGCUUGUCGAGCUGGGAAGAGCUACGAGAGGGAAAUGUUUCACCCUGGCCCCUAUCGAGAUAUGGAUGAUGAGAAGAGGAGGCUUCAGAAUUUCAUGGCAACGGGAAGAUAUGAAGACCCUGGAAUGUCAAUAAAAAAAGCUGAACGUCGCAAACCGGAGGAAGCGCAGAAGCCCGACACCUAUGAGGAAGUUUUAAAUGAAAUAGAAGAAAGGGAACAGUUUCUAGAAGAUAUGGCAGCUUUGGGCCAGGACCAGCAUUCCUUUGUUGUCAAAUCUCAGAUACAACAGAAGCUUCAUGAGCUGGAGGCUUUGGAAAAGGAACGCAAGUCCAAGGAGAACACAGACAAGUGAACAUCACUUCAGGGAUAACGAGCACUGACGAGACAGGUCUGCAAAGAACGGUUCAAACUGCUGUCUGGCUCAUGUUUCAAGUUUAUACGUUAAUGGAAAAAAAAACAAACAAAAAAAAAAAACUGGAUAAAUAAAUUUAUUCUUCACCCUACAUCUGUCAGUACUUUAUUUAAUCCGGCUGCUGUUGCAGAAUACAGUAUAGACGAGAAAGAUGUGUGACAGAAAGCCCUUGGUUUACGCUGGACAAAAAAAAAGAAAAGAAAAAAAAAAUCAGGCACAGAGCAGAGGCAGAGCGAUGACAGAGUGAGGAGCUAAAUGACAAAAACAUGAGCAGAGCAACAACACGCUUUCACAUGAACUCCACAGACCUUCAUCCACAUGCGCAGUUAAAUAAAUGGCACUCAGACAGCAAGAUCAUAAAUACAAUUUCCUAUCAACCUUAAGGCAAUAUACAAACAGCAAGGCUUUGUAAUGUGAAAGUUAUUGAUUGCAUAAAGAAGCCUACAUUAACCCGAUAGUUAAAGCUCCUAUUAAAUGGUAAUUUGCUUAUUGAUAUACUGUCCUUUUCUAUUUAUUGCAUGUGUGACGGAUAAUUAUGAGAACUAUAACAGAGCUACAGGUUAUUUAAAAAAAAAAAAAAAAAAAAAAAAAUUUUUCCCCCCUUUUUUUUUUUCCAAACACACACUUCACAUAAAUACUGUAAGUUUCCAGCACAGGCAAAAACAAAUGACAAGUAUUUCAGAGACACUACAGCAGCUGGAAUUCUUUAGGUAUACUUUGCUGGUUGAGCUUUUCAAUGGAAAAUGCUGCAGUUUAAAGCAAAAACACAAUCAUCCUUAAAAAAAAAAAAAAA